AUGUCUUCCUCCCUACUUAAGCCAUCGGAAAGCCCUUUUCUAUCUGAUCUCGUAAAUGACGCUAGACGCUUCGUGCUUUCGAAUAGCUGGGUCAUUGAGCGCGCUCCUUUGCAAAUCUACUGCUCUGCACUGGUCUUCAGUCUAACUAAGACUCAAAUACGGUCCCGCUUCGAACAUCUCAUUCCUUCCUGGGUUUCACACAAGCCAGGGGUCAAUGAGCGGUGGCCUGAUUUGGUUUCCGUGCUGGAGGCCGACAGUACCGUGACAUCGGUCGCAUUUUCUCCUUUAGAUGAUCUCAUCGUAUUUGGUUCACGGGACGGGAAGACAAGAAUCUGGAACUAUGUGACUGGGACGAGCCUCUACGAAUUCGAUCAUUCGAAGUCGGUAUGGCGUGUUGCUUUCUCUCCGGAUGGUCGAACUGUCGCCUCAGAACUGGAGGAUGGGCUGAUUAGUGUGAGGGACUUCGUCAACGGGUCAAUGAGGAACCUGACGGGUCAUUCUAGCGGUGUCGCUGGCAUUUCCUUUUCGCGUCAGGAUUCCAACAUCUUAGCAUCAUUGUCAUACGAUAUGACUCUUCGGGUAUGGAACACCCACAAGGCUCAUGAGGUGCGUUUCUUCAGUGUCCCUGGGCGCACCGUUACGGCGGUUGCCUUCUCGCCGAACGGCUAG